AUGAUCAAGUUCCGUACGAUGCGAGAUGCUCAUGAUGCAAACGGUGAGCCUUUACCAGAUUCCCAGCGCAUGACAGCCUUUGGCAGUUUUCUGCGAUCCAGCAGCUUGGAUGAACUGCCCGAGCUGUGGAAUGUGGUCAAGGGCGAUAUGAGCCUGGUGGGCCCACGACCGUUGCUGAUGGAAUACCUGCCUCUCUACAGCGCCGAACAAUAUCGUCGCCAUGAGGUGCGCCCUGGCGUCAGCGGCUGGGCACAGAUCAACGGGCGGAAUGCAAUUGAAUGGGAAGAAAAGUUCAAGCUGGACACCUGGUAUGUCGAUAAUCAGUCUUUUUUGGCUGGAUAUGAAGGUGAUUUUCCUGACGAUCAAGAAAGUUCUGGUACG